AUGAAUCCCAUCAUCAUCCGCCGUUACUCGAACAAACGGAGCGAAUCACAUCCUAUUGAAAACAACAAAGACGACCUUCCAGCUCAAGAGGAGCACGGAAACUCGUUCUACACCCGAUUCCGACGCUUCAGCAGGAGAUGGAAGGCCGAACGAAGGGUUCACUUCACGCCGGAUAAUGAAUUUGAUCCUUCAUAUCAGAAUAUCGGGUCGCUGAUACUCAUUUCGAUUCUGUCGUCGGAGAUUUAA